AAAUAACUUUUGCCGCAUUCGUAUAUAUAAAUGUGAGAAGAUGCGAAGCUUACGCAGAGGAAGAAGAUAAAAGCGCACUUCCCCAGCUCCGAAUUAAAGCUAAGCAGUCGUUGGUUCUAAGCAACCGUUUUUUUUUUUCUCUCACAAUACACACACUAGAACGGUGACCGCGUGAAAAAAUUGAUGGAGUCGGCGCCGUCGACGUGCUUCCUCCGUCGCGGAUUGGUUGGCUACGGCCUCAAGUCUGCUCAAGUCACUGUACGGCUCUACUCUUCGUCUUGGCAGCGUUGGUACCCAACUUCUUGUAAAAUGCGGCAGCGUAACUUCAGUUUGCAAAAUAAGAGACAACAAGCCAAGAAAAUCAAUCUCCCAGCAAAUACUAGUAUUAAGCCAAUUGAUGAUAACAACACUAAUACGAGCAACACGCGCAAAGGUGGCAUUUCACCAACAAAUUCAAAUUUUGAACCAACUGAUAAUAGCAACUUGCCCGAAGGCAACAAUUCAGAUUCAGAUCAAGAAACAGAUUCCAGCACCAAUAUUCCCGUAAUAGAAUAUGGAUACUUGGAAGGAGAGGGUUGCAUCACUUCUUCUCAACCAGAUGAAGUUAGGUCUUUGCACAAUGACAAUGUUGACUCUGCAGAUGGAUCAGUGCACUUUGAUGAAAAUACGAGCAGUUAUCUUCCAUCAAAUGUCAUCCCAGUAGUAUCACAGGGAUCAAGGUUACAAUUCUUCACUGAAAAGAAAUCAGGUUCCACCACUGGAAAUGGAGGACAGCAACGCUCAGGCAUUGGUCUUCAAGAUUUAAUUGGAAUGAUACGAAGUGCUGAAAAGAAUAUACAUCUUCUUAAUGCCGCUCGUAUACGUGCUCUUGAGGAUCUUGAAAAAAUUCUCAGCGAAAAAGAGUCAUUGCAGGGAGAAAUCAACAAUUUGGAGAUGAAACUGGCUGAAACUGAUGCACGUUUGAAAGUGGCUGCACAAGAGAAAAUACGUGUGGAACUCCUCGAAGGCCAGUUGGAGAAGUUGCGAAUUGAAUUGUCAAACAGAGAAGAACACGAACAGGAAUUGAAUAAUGUUGUUUCUUCUUCGCAGUUUGACAUUGUCAGUUCUUUUAGCCAGGAAUUGGAUUCAUUGAGGGCAGAGAAUACGACCCUGCAGGAUGAGCUACAGGCUCUAAAGGCCGAGCUUAGUUGUAUUAGGGAAACUGACCAGCGUGUUCAAACAUUGGAGGAAGAACGGUCUUUGUUGCAGUCCUCCUUCAAAGAAUUGGAGUUUAAACUUGCUGCUUCUCAUGAAGAUGUUUCAACAAUCCCUAGCUUGAAAUCUGAAUGCAAGAAUUUAUAUGAGAAAGUAGAGGAUCUACAGACACUUUUAGAUAAGGCAACAGAGCAGGCAGACCAAGCGUUUCUAGCAUUGCAGCAAAACCAAGAACUCCGUAAGAAGGUUGACCAGCUUGAAGACUCUGUCGGAGAGACCAGCGACUAUAAACUGUCAUCAGAGAAAAUGCAACACCAUAAUGAACUAAUGCAGCAAAAAAUAGAACUGUUGGAUGACCGCCUAAACAAUUCUAAUGAAGAGAUACAUUACUAUUUUAAGUUGUGUCAAGAUUCUAUUAAUGAAUUCCAGGAAACCCUGAAUGCCUUGAAAGAAGAAAGCAAGAAAAGCGCAGAAGAUGAAUCUGUGCAUGACAAGCCUUCUGAGUUUUGGUCGAAUUUAUUGCUUUUGGUGGAUGGAUGGUUUCUUGAAAAGAAGAUUUCAGUGGAUCAAGUGAAGAUGUUAAGAGAAAUGAUAUGGAACAGGGAGAGGAGCAUAUGUGAUUCAUAUAUGUCAAUGCAAGGAAAGAGUGAGAGGGAAAUUAUUUCAACAUUUCUCAAACUAACAUCAUCAACAACAGGUGAAAGGUUACAUGUCAUACAUAUUGCAGCAGAGAUGGCACCUGUGGCUAAGGUUGGUGGACUGGGAGAUGUAGUGACUGGUCUUAGUAAAGCGCUUCAGAGGAAAGGGCACCUUGUGGAAGUUGUUCUACCAAAAUAUGACUGCAUGCAGUAUGAGAGCAUUCAUGAUUUAAAGGUUUUGGAUGUGGCUGUUGAGUCAUAUUUUGAUGGUCGACUGUUCAAAAACAAAAUCUGGGUUGGCACUGUUGAAGGGCUUCCUGUUUAUUUCAUCGAACCUCUUCAUCCAAGUAAAUUCUUCUGGAGGAAUCAAUUUUAUGGAGAGAAAGAUGAUUUUAAGAGGUUUUCAUACUUCAGCAGGGCAGCACUUGAGUUAAUUCUUCAAGCUGGGAAGAAACCAGAUAUAAUUCAUUGUCAUGAUUGGCAGACAGCUUUCGUUGCACCCCUUUAUUGGGAUCUAUAUGUGCCUAAAGGAUUGGAUUCAGCCAGAAUAUGUUUUACAUGUCACAAUUUUGAGUAUCAAGGAUUAGCUCCAGCAUCUGAGCUAGCAUCUUGUGGUCUUGAUGUUCACCAACUCAACAGACCCGACAGGAUGCAGGAUCACUCAGCAAAUGACAGGGUCAACCCAGUUAAGGGUGCUGUGGUGUUCUCUAAUAUUGUGACAACAGUUUCACCAACCUAUGCCCAAGAGGUGCGGAGUUCGGAGGGUGGACGAGGCCUGCAGAACAUAAUUAAUACAUAUUCAAAGAAGUUUGUCGGAAUUUUAAACGGAAUUGAUACCGAUGCAUGGAAUCCAGCAACUGACCCCUUUUUGAAGGUUCAGUAUCAUUCCAAUGAUAUUGAUGGCAAAGCAGAAAACAAAGAAGCUUUAAGGAGACAUCUACAAUUGUCUUCAGCUAAUGACAGGCAGCCAUUGGUUGCUUGCAUAACUAGAUUGGUACCGCAAAAGGGUGUACAUCUUAUAAGGCAUGCAAUAUACCAGACAUUGGAGUUAGGCGGUCAGUUCGUUCUUCUUGGUUCAAGUCCAGUGCCAAAGAUUCAGAGGGAGUUUGAAGAAAUCUGUGAUCAUUUCAAAACUCAUGAACAUGCUCGAUUGAUACUGAAAUAUGACGAAGCUCUUUCACACUUGAUCUAUGCUGCCUCGGACAUGUUGAUCAUCCCAUCCAUCUUCGAGCCUUGUGGACUCACUCAGAUGAUUGCUAUGAGAUACGGGUCGAUUCCCAUCGUUAGGAAGACUGGAGGACUCAACGACAGUGUUUUCGAUUUCGACGAUGAGACCAUACCUCCCCAUUUCAGAAAUGGAUUUACAUUCUUGACAGCUGAUGAGCAGGAUUUCAACAGUGCAUUGAAACGGGCAUUUUACCAUUAUAUGAAUGAUGGUGAUAACUGGAAACAGCUUGUUCAAAAGGUGAUGAACUUGGAUUUUAGUUGGGACUCUUCAGCACCAUUGUAUGAACAACUUUAUCGCAAGUCUGUCGCCAGAGCGAGGGCCAGAAGUUAGCACCUAGCCACGAUCAAGGCCGUCUACGACUCCACGCUUCUAUGUUGGUGGAGUGGAUGAUCUCGCGACUUAGUUAAGUCAUGAAAUGAAAUGACAACAAGUCGUAAUUCGUGAUACUUGUGUCUUGUGGAGCUGAUCCAGAGGAUGUAGGCUGCUCAGCUCCAAUUCUUUCAUUCACACUUUUGAUUAGCACAUUUAUAUUUUACUUGUAAAUAUCUACACUUUCAAUCUGUAAAGGUGUAUAGUGUAAUAUGAGAACUAGGUUCGGAAAUGCUAGCACAGAUUUAUGAUGCAUAUUGUGUUCCAAUAUUUAAUUCAUUACACUAAUAAUAUUUGUAAUAAAAAUUAAAAUUAUUAGUUAAAAAGUAAUCCUAAUAAAUACUCUCUUUGUUCUCCAUAUUUACGCAUAUACUUUUUUUGGGUACAUUUUUCAAUCUAUUUGGAAUACUACUCCACAUAAUUUUCAUAAUUUUACCCUUGUAACUAUUUUCCAAGAAUCUUCUACCCUUAAUGUGGGACAUUUUCUCUACUAUCAGUACUCCAAAUUUUUAUUAAAACACAUGCCGUGGUCAACUAUGGUCAACUAUGAAUAACUUUACUAAUAAUUACCUCUACAAAGUUUGAUAAUGUGUGAUGUUUUUAGUUAUUCUAUCAAAAUUCACCAAACUCACAAAACACUGAACCUCAAGAUAUAGCAUUUCUAUUACCAUAAUUCACAUUCAACUUUACAAGUGAUCAUGAAAGCAACAAUCUCAACCUCAACACUCUUCUUAUACAUAAAUAUCUCUCUCACUUUCCGGGCACAAAGUUGGUGGCAAAGGCCCAUGCAUUGUUGUUGACCGGGUCGGCAAGGUGGUCGGCGAGGUUCUCCAACGGCCCCUUUCCGGUGACGAUGGCCUGAACGAAGAAUCCGAACAUCGAGAACAUGGCAAGUCUCCCAUUCUUAAUCUCCUUCACCUUGAGCUCGGCGAAGGCCUCGGGGUCAUCGGCGAGCCCCAAGGGGUCGAAGCUCCCGCCGGGGUAGAUGGGGUCGGUGAUCUCCCCGAGGGGGCCGCCGGCGAUGCGGUAGCCCUCGACGGCGCCCAUGAGCACGACCUGCGAGGCCCAGAUGGCCAAGAUGCUCUGGGCGUGGACCAAGCUGGGGUUGCCGAGGUAGUCCAAGCCGCCCUCGCUGAAGAUCUGAGAGCCGGCCUUGAACCACACGGCCUCGCCGAACUUGACGCCGUUGCGGGCGAGGAGCUCGGGGAAGACGCAGCCGAGGGCGCCGAGCAUGGCCCACCGGCAGUGGAUCACCUCGAGCUCGCGGUUCUUGGCGAAGGUCUCGGGGUCGGCGGAGAGGCCGGCGGUGUCCCAGCCGUAGUCGCCGGGGAACUCGCCGGUGAGGUAGCUGGGGGCCUCGCCGGAGAAGGGGCCGAGGUACUUGACGCGGUCGGGGCCGUACCAGGGGCUGCCGGAGGAGACGGACUUGGUGGCGGUCUUGCGCAUGGAGACGCGGCCGCCGGAGAGGCUUGGGGUGGAGGGGGAGAGCUUGACCGCCUGACCGGCGAAGGAUGGGGAGGAGAGAGCCAUUGUGGAGGCGGCCAUUGCUGUGACUGAGUGUGUGAGUUGCGGUGGUGGAGAUUUUUGAGGGUGAUUGUUUGAGGAU